UUUAUCUGUGGUAAUCAAUUCUUCAGAAAAAAAAUGGGCAAAUGAUUUUUUUCAAUUUUUUUAUCGACGAUAAAAAUAAAAUGUAAAACCGAUUUUUCGGUUAAAAACUAGUACAAUUACAAUUUACAUCAGUGUAACAAAAUAUUUAAGUGACGUACAUUACUAAUACCAUCAAAUAUGCAUUCAUGUCGACAGUUGAUUUACAGUCCGGGCCGCUGGAAAUGUGCUGUGCCGUUAAAUGUGAAAGCUCCAAUACUUACAGUCAAACCUGAGCAGUCAACAGUACAAGAAUGUCGCCAGUACUCUGCAAGGAAAGGGUUUUUCUCUUCUAUCAUAGAAAACAUCAAAGAUGAGAUGGCAAAGAACAAAGACAUGAAGGAAAACAUCAAGAAGUUUAGAGAAGAAGCCCAGAAGCUUGAGAACUCGGAAGCUCUGCAGGCGGCAAGAAGAAAGUUUCACACGGUUGAGGCUGAGGCUUCUAAAGGGUCGGAGGUGCUGAAGGAAACCUUUGAAGGCAUCAAGGGUAAAGUGGGACAUGUGCUGGAGGAAGCUAGCAAGUCUGAUAUUGCUAAAAAAGCUGGUAAGUUCACAGAAGAUAUCUCGCGAACAGCCAAAGACGCGGCGGAAAGUUUAGCUGACAAAAGUUCUAGACUUGGACAGACGUCGGCUUUUAAAACUAUUUCACAGGCCACAGAAGUAGUAAAGAAAGAAAUGUCGCCGCGAGGCCUUGAAGGGCGAGUGUACAUCUCACCAGCAACCUUGAGGAAAAGAGUUGAGGUAGCGGAGGACGAACGCACGUUCGCCCCGGACACCGAGACCCUGGGCGUGGAGCUGCACAAGGACUCCAAGUUCUACCAGCAGUGGGAGGACUUCAAAAACAACAACCAGUAUGUUAACAAGGUACUAGAUUGGAAAAUAAAAUACGAAGAAUCCGACAACCCAGUGCUCCGAGCUUCAAGAUUUUUCACCGAAAAAGUUGGCAGCGUGUUCGGAAACCUAUUCGAGAAGACAGAACUAUCCAAAACCGUUACAGAAAUAUGUAAAAUCGAUCCAAGCUUUACUUCACAGAAGUUUCUAGAAGACUGUGCGAACGAUAUCAUUCCGAAUAUUCUAGAAGCAAUGGUUAGAGGUGACAUGGAUAUAUUAAAAGAUUGGUGUUACGAAGGCGUUUUCAAUAUAUUAUCAACACCUAUAAAACAAUGUAAACAAUUAGGUUACAGACUCGAUUCCAAGAUAUUGGAUAUAGAAAAUAUUGAACUAGUGAUGGGGAAAAUGAUGGAUCAGGGACCCGUAUUGGUCAUAACGUUUAUGUCACAGCAAAUCAUGUGUGUGAGAGAUGCAAAGAAUAAUGUUAUAGAGGGUGAUCCGAAUAAAGUGAUGCGGGUAAAUUACGUGUGGGUUCUGUGUAGAGAUCCUCAGGAAAUGAACCCGAAGGCCGCGUGGAGAUUGUUAGAGUUAUCCGCCAACAGUGUAGAACAGUUAAUAUAGACAUAGUGUACUUUUAAAUGUAUAUGGAUAACAUAUUAAAUCGUUUUGUCUUGUU